AAGGCGUCUCCAUGACGACGGAGGAAGCGGCGGGGAAGAUGCCAGCGCCAAUGCUGCACUCCCGCUACUACACCAGCCAGGAGGUGGCUGUCCACAACACCAUGGAUAACCUGUGGGUCUCUUACCUGGGAAAAGUCUAUGACCUGACCCCCCUGGUCGAACAGUUUAAAGGUGAUAUUCUGCUGAAACCCAUUUUAGAGGCAGCAGGACAAGACAUCAGCCACUGGUUUGAUAAGAAGCGUAAAGAUAUACGCAUCGAGAUUGACCAACUGACCAACUGCCAGAAGUACCACACGCCUCGUGGCCGCUUUGUUCACAUCCCACCCCUCUCUCCGAAUAGUGAUUGGAGUAAUGCCUUCGUUACACCAUGGUGGAAAGAUUCAAAAUAUGAGGUUGGGUAUUUAACAGAAAAAACGAGAGGCAUUCGCAUUAUCAACACGUUAACAGGCCAAGAACAUGUAAUCAAGGUGUGCAGUGAGGAAACGGUGAAUGAUAUACUCGAGAGGUACCUGGAGUAUAAUGCUCAUGCAGCUAGCUACACAUGGAAAUACAACGGAGUGCCAUUGAAAAUGGACAGUACGCUGGAGGAGAACGGCAUUGUGGAUGAGGAUGAGAUCUUCUAUAACCUGCGGAUGGAACCUGAUGACUAUCGCCAAUCUAUUCUGCUCUAUUUCAAUGAUGACCUAACUGAACUCUAAAACUCUGCCUUCAUACGAGAAAAGUGUGCAUAACCUACACCAAAUCCCAACUCUCACCUGUGAUUGUGCUAACUGUACCGGUGAUUAGAGUUCCUGAA